AUGGACCACGAGGAAUACAGGCAGAGAGGGAAAGAGAUGGUGGACUACAUCUGCCACUACCUGACCCACGUGCGGGAGCGGCGCGUGUCUCCCGACGUGCAGCCCGGUUACAUGAGGGGGCUGCUGCCCGACGGGGCUCCUGUGGAGCCGGACAGCUGGGAGAGCAUCUUCAAGGACAUCGAGCGGAUCAUCAUGCCCGGGAUGGUCCACUGGCAGAGUCCACAUAUGCACGCCUACUUCCCAGCACUCACCUCCUGGCCAUCCCUGCUGGGAGACAUGCUGGCAGAUGCCAUCAAUUGCCUGGGAUUCACUUGGGCAUCCAGCCCAGCCUGCACAGAACUGGAAAUGAACGUGAUGGACUGGCUGGCUCAAAUGAUGGGUCUCCCGGAGAUGUUCUUGCACUAUCACCCAGACAGCAGGGGUGGAGGCAUUUUGCAGAGCACGGUUAGUGAGUCAACCUUGAUUGCGUUACUGGCAGCAAGGAAGAAUAAAAUCCUGGAAAUGAAAGUUUCCCAGCCAGAUAUAGAUGAUUCCACGUUGAACUCGCAUCUUAUUGCUUAUGCCUCAGAUCAGGCCCACUCCUCUGUAGAGAAAGCAGGUUUGAUCUCCCUCGUGAAGAUGAGGUUUCUGCCUGUAGAUGAAGAUUUUUCCUUAAGAGGUGAAACCCUAAGAAAAGCCAUUGAAGAGGACAGAAGCCGGGGCCUGGUGCCGAUCUUUGUUUGUGCAACUCUGGGGACAACCGGUGUCUGUGCUUUCGACAACCUUUCAGAGUUGGGUCCUAUAUGUGCAAAGGAAGGCCUCUGGCUUCACGUUGAUGCUGCUUAUGCUGGGACGGCAUUUCUGUGCCCAGAAUUCAGGACAUUUCUGAAAGGAGUUGAACAUGCUGAUUCUUUUACUUUCAAUCCCUCCAAAUGGAUGAUGGCCCAUUUUGAUUGCACGGCAUUCUGGGUCAAGGAUAAACAGAAGCUGCAGCAGACUUUCAGUGUCAACCCCAUUUACCUCCAGCAUCCCAAUUCAGGGUCAGCUACAGAUUUCAUGCACUGGCAGAUCCCGCUGAGCCGAAGGUUCCGUGCACUGAAGCUCUGGUUUGUCAUUCGCUCAUUUGGCGUGAAAAAGCUUCAAGAACAUGUCAGACACGGUACCGAAAUGGCUAAAUAUUUUGAGUCACUAGUCAGAAGCGACCCCCUUUUUGAGAUCCCUGCUAAGAGACACCUUGGACUGGUUGUAUUUCGUUUGAAGGGCCCCAACUGGAUGACAGAAAAGGUCUUAAAAGAUCUGAACAAGUCAGGAAAGCUCUUUGUUAUUCCAGCAACGAUUCAGGAGAAGUUUAUCAUCCGCUUCACAGUGACAUCUCAGUUUACAACCCGGGAGGACAUCCAGCGGGACUGGACCCUCAUCCAGCAGGCCUCAGUGGAGGCCUUCAACCUGCAUUUUGCACCACCAAAACCAUUCGCCAUCUCAGAGCAAGGGGCUGAAGUCCCUAACAUGAGAACUAGCCCAAGCCUUGAGUCAAAUGGAGUUUUUUCCAGUUUUUUCUCAGAGAAAAGGGACUGCAAAAUGUCUCCAAGCAAAAUAACAGUGCAGCCUCGAAGACGAUCACUCAAUUACCCUUUGUGGUCUUCUAGUGAGUGUGCGCCAGUGCCUGAAGAUCCUUGCUUGGAUGACUGUUUUGCAGAAGGCAACCCAAAUGCAGCUAGCUACAGGUUGCCCUCAGUGCUAAGCAUAUCUGUUCAAAGCAAGAGAAAGACAGUCCGAUCUCUCAGUGUGCCAACAGCUGACCUGUGGGAGUCAAGCCAUCCAAAGGCAGGCCUAGAUGGUUCUGGGAAGCAUGGACCUUGCACCAAAGAGAACUUCUUUUCCAAGUUGCCCAAAGAAAUAUUGAUGCUGAAGAAAAAUGACCUCAAGAAGCAUCUGAAAUUUUACAGCAUCCCAAGUUUUCCUGAAUGCAACAUUCAGUGUGGCCUUCAGCUGCCCUGCUGUCCAUUACAAGCCAUUGUCUAG